AUGUUAAGAAAUAUUGUUAGACUCCAGAAUCAGGUUGGACAUGUCUUCUCUUCUUGUAAUUUGUACCCGAGACUUCAGCAGGCCAGUUGCACGCUGAAAUACUCAACUGCCUCCUCAGAGAGGAAGAAAUUCUAUCAAGACGUCAGCAUAUCCCAAAGUGAAGGCGGUUUGUUCGAGAUUAACCUAGACCAGAGGAAACUAAAGACUCCAGGAGGGAAGCUAUUCACCGUCCCAAAUGAAGCCCUGGCCAUUGCUGUGGCAACAGAGUGGGAUGCUCAGAGAGAUACGCUCAAGUUCUACAGCAUGCACCUGACGACUCUAUGCAACACGGCUCUGGACAAUCCCACCCAACGGACCAAGGACCAAAUGAUCGCCGCUGCUCUCAAGUUUCUGGAGACUGACACCAUCUGUUACAGAGUAGAGGAGCCACCUGGUAUGGUUGAGCUGCAAAAGAAUGAAUGGGAUCCUGUGCUGCACUGGAUUGAGAACAGAUAUAACGUCACGAUCGGAUCCUCCUCCAGUAUUUUGGGUCCUGAAAUUCCCGAGGCAACCAAAGACAUAUUCAGACAGCACCUUACCUCCUACAACCUCUGGUCUUUAACGGGUCUUGAGUAUGUGAUCACCCAACUCAAGUCUGUUGUGCUGUCACUGGGGGUGAUUGACAGAUAUUUGAGUGUGGAGCAGGCAGUACUGCUCUCCAGAUUGGAGGAGGAGUUCCAGAUUCAGCACUGGGGGAAUGUGGAAUGGGCUCACGACUAUGAUAUGUAUGAGCUGAGGGCGCGGACUGCUGCAGGGGCUCUGUUUGUUCACCUCUCAUCAGAGACUUCUACUGUCAAACGCAAACUAAUGCAGGACUGA